AUGGAUCGGUACGUGGAGGAGAAGGCCACCGCGAGCCCGAGGAUUAAGCUGUUCGGGAUCCACGUGUCCGACGACGGCUCUGAUGCGGCGGCCGGGGCGGCGGGAGGCGGCGAUGGGAUGAGGAAGUACGAGUGCCACUACUGCUUCCGGGAGUUCGCCAACUCGCAGGCGCUGGGCGGCCACCAGAACGCCCACAAGAAGGAGCGGCAGCAGCUGAAGCGCGCCCAGAUGCACCGUCGCCACCUCGCCGGGGCCGCCGCCGGAGGCGGAGGUGGACACUGGGCCGGGAGCUUCUGCCACCAACCCAUCGCCUCUGCCUUCGCCGCGCCGCGGGCUCCGACGCAUCUCCUCUCGCCGUCGGUGGUGGGGUCCGAGGUGAGCUGGGUGUACUGCGCCGCCGGCAGGCCGAUUUCCCCGGCGACCGGUCACCUGUCGUGCGGUUGCAUCGCACCGCGUGCGCUGCCUGUUACAGCUGGCUGCGAUUGCCUCGGAGACAGCAACGUCGUCCGCGGGAGGUUCUACGUCGCAAACCAAGCGAUGGAUAGGCCCGCCGGAGCAUUCGCCGAGGCGUCGCCGGCUCCGGAGGAGGAGGUGGCGGAGGAGCCGUGCGGGUUGAACCUGCGGCUUAGCCUGGCGCCUGCUGGUUCAUGA